CGCCCACGCACGCGCCUAUACAAUCUUUCUCGUUUCCUCUUCUCUCUCUGCCUCACCUCGCCCGUCCUCCUCCUGGACGUCCCCGGCCCCAUCGACCGGCACGCUCGCUCCGCCCACGCUUCUAGACGCCGUUCGGCCGCUGCUCUCGAGCCCAGUUCCUCGACCGUCCCCAACUCCCCACCGGCCGCACUCGCCGUCCGCGCGUGCUCGGGUAGACGCGCAUGCGUCCUGCGCCGCCGCCGUCGAACGUGCCGUGGCUGGCUGUCCGCACGCGCAGUGUCGCCUCUGUAUCGAUCUCCACGCCAGCGUCGCACUGCGCGGAGUCGUGGUGACCUUCUCUCCCGUUCUUAGGAAGCCAUGGGGGAGCCUAGCAAGGAGCUCCUGGACUUCCCCUCGGGGCCCAAGCCACCAUCCUUCAUCGAAUCGCUGUUGGUGAGCAGAGACCAGCACAAGGUCAAGCGCAAGGCGGGGCCUCCCACUGACCCACUCCCAAAGAGCCAAGUUCUUGGAAAAGUGAAGGAUUUCUUGGGAGAGAUGGCAAAGGCCAAUGAGAAAUUGCAGCUUGAUUGGCAGAAUAAGCCUCCCGAGGAGUAUGACAUAGAAGCGCUUACUGGAAACGAAAAGGAAUAUAUUGAGAUGGAUUUGAUUCUCGGUGUAGCUGAUCUUUAUUCAGAGCAAGCUGUGGAUGCAGCUGAGGCGACAAUGAGCAGCUUCCCACCCGCAGGAAGUUCAUUUGCCAGCAGCUCGUCUGACUCAGAAGAUGAUAGCGAUGAAGAUGGUGAGGAUGAGCCUGAAAUGCCUAGCAAAGAAAAAUGUGGCAAUCCAGAUAAACCAGACGCUCAUCCAGCCAACGGUAAGAAGCCCAAUAAAAGACAGAAGAUUGUUGUUCUCAACUAGGAUCCUUGUCAUCCUUGACAAACAAGGGCAGGAGCUUUGCUGCUUCUCAAAGAAAGUUCGGCAGAAUGUAGUGCCCCAAGACCUGAUGUUAAAUCAAGAGCCUGCAUGGAACACCUAAUUCUGUGCUGUGUGAUGCUCAGGUUAACUGGGUAUGUAUGCUAUGUGCAAACCCAUCUAGCCUAAUAAGCAUGACUCCACCUCGCAUGUCGUGUAA